AUGAGAGUCACUCAAAGUUUUACUGAAGAAGAGCUUGAAAACAAAAUCAUUCAGCUGAAGAACCUGUAUAGUCCGAUAGAUUUAAACCCGACCUUCCAUAACAACAAAAUACAGUGUGUAAAAGAACUAAAUGCCAUUCUAGAUAGAGUAAACCGUGAAGACCUGCAGAAAGCCAAUACAAAAGAGAUUAUACUGUGUGCUUUGUCACUCAUAUAUUAUUUUAGCAUGCGAUUUAAACUAAGUAGCUCUACUUCUAACCAUUUUUCCCGGUGGUAUAGUAAGAGACAAUUACUUAAGGCGGAAACUGUCUUUCAAAAAACAAUGGAUAAGCUACUACCUGAACGCAGUGAAGCGACAACAACAAUCAUGCUCGCGUUUUUCACUGAUGUCGCUUUAUGGCCUUUCGAAAAUGUCGUUGCCCAAAUUUUUGAAAUAGUUCUUUACUUUACUCGCCAAACAAUACUAGUAUUCAAUAUGAUCCUUACAGACGUACAAUCCGCGUUGAGUCACGACAUUGGAGAUGCAAGACAUCGCAUUAGAGUACUGUACGAGCUGCUAAAGAGUGAACAUUUAAUGUUGGAGACAACAAAAUUAAUACCUUUUAUAAAGCGACUCUUGGACUACUAUACAAAUGAUAUAGUUGAUAGCAACAACAAACUAGUUGUAAAUAUUCAUUUGAAGAGAGGGUUUGAGGUUUGCCUGCGUCGGAUAUUUGAGAGAGUUCCUAAUCACCUCCGCAUAGAAAUUAUAUUCACUAUGUUAGAAUGGUUCUCGUCGCUCAGCAAUGAAUACGAUGAGAUACUAAAACUCUCCGUGUUAGUUCAAUAUGCUGCAGAACUUUACAAAGUAGGCUUGUUAAAUGAAUAUCUGCCAGAAAAUUUGGUAGUUCGUGUCUUAGAUUCAUUUGUUGGGUCGACGAAUCCAUCGCACUGUCUGGUUGGCUGCCGUUUAGUUCAGCAUUUUCUAGACAGACAACUAAACGCGCAAUAUUUAGUGGAACCUAAAUUGUAUUAUGAAAUAACUGAGACGCAGUUAAAAAUUGGAGCGUACGAUGAGAGCGAUAGCGAGUUUAUAAGGAAACAUAAAGAACAACUUCACGAAUAUUUCAUACUGGCUGUAACGGAGCACUGUAAGAACAGUACGAAUGUGAAGGCUGUAUUCACUGUAGUAUGUUGCAUGAUCUUGGAAGUGCCAUGUGGGAUGACCGCAGCGUCAGCCGCGUUCAUGAUGAUGGUCGUGCAAAAUUUUGCACUCCAAGAACAGAACAUUCCGCUUAGAUGUAAACACUGGAUGCAUGCCAUUGUCAUUUCUGUCAUGUCCCUUAUAUGUUGGGUGCAUAAAGCCCCAUUUUUGUGCCGCUAUGUGAACCAAAUUAUGACCCGACGUGCGAAGGAAGCCCCGCAGCUGAACCCGCCGCUGCUGGAAGAGUACAACUAUUUGAGAAAUACAAAUCCAUGGACCAAUGCAACACUAUUCUUUGAAGAUUGGGAAUUGAGAUACGGACUGUGGAAAGCUUUUUCAGUUUCGCCAGGUAUAGUAUUAAGUACCAACUAG